UCCAGAUUAUCAAAUUCUUUUUAGAGUCGCUUUCAGAUUAUAUCAUUGCAGAGAAUUCAAAGUGGUAGUGUUCAGUUGUGAAUUAUGUUCAAACCCAGAAAUUUAAACUUGCAGAACAAGUUGGUCUUUUCACCAAAUCAAGCUUUUUUUAAGUUAUAAAUAUGACCUCUCUCUGCCUCAUGGGGGAUACCAAGAACGUUGGAAAUUUUCUGUUACUUCUUUUGUAGGAAAGCCUUGAUUUUUUGUUUUCCGGGUUGCAAGGAAAGCCUCAACUCAAUCAAUGGCAAUCGCAGGGAAAAGCAAGAUUUUGAUCAUCGGAGGGACUGGUUAUAUCGGUAAAUACAUAAUUGAGGCAAGCAUGAAGGCAGGACAUCCAAACUUCGCUCUGAUCAGAGCUAGCACAGUCACUGAUCCUCAGAAAGGGAAACUAAUUGAGAGCUUCAAGAACUCAGGAAUCACAAUGAUGCUGGGAGAUAUUGACGACCAUGAAAGCUUGGUAAAGGCAAUCAAACAAGUCGAUGUUGUGAUAUCUACUGUUGGAAUAGAGCAGAUUGCCGACCAGGUGAAGAUUAUUGCAGCCAUUAAAGAAGCUGGAACCGUCAAGAGAUUCCUCCCUUCAGAGUUUGGAAAUGACUCAGACUGUUGUGAUGAAGCAGUGGAUCCAGCAGCUACCUGCUUCAGGGUGAAGUCUCAGAUCCGUCGAGCUGUCGAGGCAGAAGGGAUCUCAUACACUUAUGUCUGCUCCUACAGAUUUGCUGGGUACUUCCUGAAUAACUUGGGACAGAUGCAUGCCACAGCUCCUCCAAGAGACAGAGUCAUUAUCUUAGGAGAUGGAAUUCCCAAAGUUAUUGUUGUGAAGGAGGAAGAUAUUGCCAGUUAUACCAUUAAAGCUGUGGAUGACCCCAGAACCUUGAACAAGAUCAUCUACAUUAAACCCCCAGCUAACAUUUGCUCCUUUAAUGACAUUAUCUACCUGUGGGAGAAGAAGAUUGGCAAUUCCCUUGAAAAGAUUUACAUUCCAGAGAAGCAGGUUCUUAAGAAAAUCCAAGAGUCUCAGUUUCCGACCAAUACCUCUUUGUCAAUUGGGCAUUCAGUUUUCAUCAAGGGAGACAACACAAAGUAUGAAAUUGAUCCUUCUAUUGGAGUGGAGGCUUCUGAGCUUUACCCAGAAGUGAAAUACACAACCGUGGAUGAAUACCUUAAUCAGUUCAUUUGAAUGUUAAAGAAAAAUUUUGCUUGCAUUUUACUCUUCCCACAGUAGCGAUAUAUUUUAGAAUAAACAGAAAUAUGGAUUGGUUCAGCUGAUUC